AUGCAAUCUCGUCGUUAUCAAAAGGAUCCCAAUAUAAAUUAUUGGAUUCUCUUUACCGGUGUUGAUCCUCGGGCAUUCACUCGUGACUUCCUUAAUUCGAACGAUAAAAAUAUGUACCGUUGCUGGAAUUCCUACGACAUUUCCCAACAUCUCCUUCUCGUUAGGAUGCCGAACUCCGUGGCGCAUGAGAUUGCCCAUGGUACUUUUGAGCGAAAGUUAUUCGAAGCUCUUCUGCCAAUGAGCCUAGAGGACCGUCUUGAAUCUCUCCGUUCUACUCCAUUUCGCGCGCAGAGCGGCGCUGGAAAACAGGCGGAUUCUUCCUUUGCACCGGAUCAACUCCCUCAGGGUCGGACCGAUUAUUGGCCUACACUCGUGGUAGAGACGGGCUUUUCAGAGUCAUCGUCGAAGUUGUUCUCUGAUGUUCGUUGGUGGCUCAACGAGUCCGGGGGAGACGUGAAAAUGGUCUUGACCAUUGAGAUUGACCGCAACAGACCACAAAUUGUGCUAGAGAUAUGGGUUCUCGAGAAUUCGCGGAUGCAGCGCCAACAAGUUGUGACCGUCUACAAAGGAAAUAACAACCACGUCUACCUACAAGGCCAGCCGCUGGUCAUCGACUUCGAGAAGUUAUUUUUGCGUCCAGCAAAUACCCCGAGAGAAACGGACAUUACUCUCGAUGAUCCGGCUUUGAAGAAAAUUGCCACUUCUGUUUGGAAAAAGCAGAAUUUCUAG